UUGGUGAACAAGAACCAGAGUUCGCUAACCACAGUGGAACUGGCAGCAGUGACCACUGGGCAAACCUCUGUAGAUCCCUUGUCUAAAUAAACGAGGCUGCUGGAUUAACCAGCUUAUGCUGUGAUGAAAAGACAACAGUAGUCGUCCAUGCGCUGCCCCGGGAACUGAGGGAUACUCCUGGUCCGGGAGACCGCUAUGAGAUGCUGAGGUUAAAGCCCAAAAAAAGGAAGGGGGGACUCUGGGUUACAAUAACACAACAGACCUCAUGUUCUUUGGAAAACCUCUAAAUCAACUUGACCCUCGCCUGACUUUGACAAAAGGGUGGAGGGAAGGAAAAGAGACAGAAGCAGAGUACUGCAGUGAGCAGGUGACGGUUUGUGUUUGCCUUCAUUAGUCCCUGACAGUUUUAGAGUAAUGUGGUAGCAAGUAGAGUAAGGGAUUACGAUUUUUAAAUUUAGCAAUUACAUUACAGUUACAAUCCCAGUAACACUCUGAAACUCUGACAAUUUUGGGGUCGGCUUGUUUGCUGUCUAACUGGGAGCUUGAUGGAUGGUUAGUGUCAAUUUCUUCUCUGUGCAUUCAGACGACAGACUGCUGUGAGACUUGUUAGCUGAGCACAAGGGUGGAGGGAGGAGGUCAGCCUCCACCAAAAGAUGAGAAAUGUGCUUCCCAGAAAGUAAAAAAGUUGUCUUAUUUACAUUUGCAGACAUUUGUUUGCUAAGCCUUCAGUUAGAGAACCACAGGACAGGACUUCUCUGGAGUGUUGCAUUGGUUGUUGCUGGGACUGGGAGUAAACUAUGGGAGGUGCCCUCAGUCUCCUUCACUUCCUCCUCCAACCUCAGCGAGAGCCUGCAGUGGGAGCCCCACUGUCAGUACCGCCACCUACAGGACACAGUGAGAAUCACAGCAGAUAUUCCCCCAAGACUGGAUGGCACCUGGGUGUCAACAAGAUGUGAAGUUCGGCCCGGUCCAGAGUUCCUCACCCGCUCCUACACCUUCCACCCAACCCGUCACUUCCAGGCCCUGCAGCACUACUACACCGACAGCGGCUGCGAGGACCCGGCCUACUCCCUGAUGAUAAGGGGGAAGCUUCGGCUGCGUCAGGCUUCCUGGAUCACCCGCGGAGGCACUGAAGCCGAACACCACCUCAGCAAGGUGGGCAUCGUGGUCCACAGCCUGGCAGCCAAACAGAGGCUGGCCUCCAGGCUGCCUCCAUCCUGUGUGGGUCUGACCCUGGGUCGAGUGGUGCCGGGGAAGCUGUAUGAGUUGUACAACACCAGGGCAGGUAGGGGAUGUCUGGCAGCGCUGGGCUUCUCCAUGAUGGAGAUGGGUCUGAUACGGGUGGAGACACAACACCACAACCAUGGAGGGAAGGUCCAGGAGCUGUUCUUAGGGGACAUACACACUGACUGGACUCAGAGGACUAACUACAGACCUACAGGGUACCAGCAGCCACUGCAGAACGCCAUGCAUCACAUCCACCCCUGUCCUGUGUGCGCCCUGGUGUACCGCUCCACAGAGCAGCGCCCCCCAGUGUUGCCUCGCAGCCCUGCAGCCCAUCUGUCUCUGGCCGGCCGCUGGGUCAGCCAGCACUGUGAAACCCGUCCCAACGUCCUCUUCCUCACCAGAGACUUCACCUUUGAUUCUGACCAGCACGCAUGGGAGGGCAUCUACCGGCACUACUCUGACCCCGCCUGCUCUCAGCUCACUUUCACCCUGAGAGCCUCUGGCCACUACGCUCAGGGAAACCCCUCUGCCAAGGUGUCAGGAGCCACUGAGUUUGUGUUCAAGGUCACCCAGGUGAGCGUUACAGCCAUAGAGGAGCCCACAGCUAAGUUGCUGAACGGGACGAGGCCAGGAAAGUGUGGUCAGGCUGGAGGCUGGGAAGUCGGGGUGGAGCAGGACUUGACUCCCACAGACGGGUGCACAGUGCUGGGUAUCAAGCUGCCACAUAAGGAGUAUGAGCUCUUCAAGACUGAGCUGAACCACAGGAAACACCCGAUGCUGCUCAUCGGAGAGAGGCCGACUGACGGGUCCAGCCCCGACCGACCGCAGAGGAGACCCACCUCCUUUCAGGCUCCCUUGGUGCUUUGCAGUGGGGGGGAGACAUAUCCCUCGUAUCGCCAUGGCUCAGGUUUUAACAGCAAGCAAGUCCAGUUAGCUGCCAGUGGGACAGAGAGGCUGGCACAGGUGAUGUUACUGGUGUUUGGAUCUGCGCUGUGCAGCUGGAUCUGUGUUUAUUAGAGACAUUGUUCACGAAUCAAGCCUGCUACACAGCUGAAGUUGUUGAUGAACAUUGUCUUCUGGCAGCUUUCCUUCACUCUCCUUCUGUAUGAUGUUGACUACAUGUGUGGUCGAGAAAAAUCAUGAGACAUUCAGGAGAGCUGAAUUUUUUUUUUAAAUCUGCUUGCUAUGUUGGAUUGCCAACUGGCUUUCAGAUGCUGCCAGUAGGUUCACUUUAAUGACUCUUAACUUCAGCUCUGUUUCUACCUAAAACUUAUCUGUAUAUAAACCACCAAUAUAUACAAAUGCCAUCAUUUCAGUAUGUAAAAAUAUAUUCUUUUGUACAAUGAUCAAACAGAUGUUCUCACUUCACGGAUCAAUUCCCUUUUCAUAUUUCUUAGUAAAUGCUGUUUUCUUGUAUUAUUACAAAACAUGAUCACAGUGUUGAAAUGUGGAUCAGUUAUUUCCACAUCAAACUGCAAGCCAUGGACAUUCCAGCAGACUUCACAAGAGGGUUCAUUUUCAGCCAAGAUGCAAUAUAACUAAUGCACUUUGAACAUUGUUGUCUCAACAAACUGGAAAGAAAAACACCUGAAAAGUAGAAAACGUGUAAUCAGCACUCUAAUUGCAAACAUCUUCAUUGGUCAAAUGCCACUGUGGUGUGAAAAGUUGCUUUAUCUCCCCCCCUUUAAAGCUCGUGCAUUAGCCUGCUUCUCUAUCAGCAGUCAACCUAAACAAAUCAAAUUAAUAUUUAUUUUAUAAUCAUUUAUACAUAAGAUGUUGGUCUAAUAUUUUAGUUAGUUCUGCCAUUUAAAGGUCUAGUGUGUAAGAUUCAGUGGCAUCUAGUCGAACAGACUUGGCAGAAAUGGAAUAUAAUAUUAAUGUUUUAAUUAGUGUGUCGUCACCUGAAAAUAAGA